GCUCAGCGAGUGUCGGCCCAAGGAGCUUUUAGUAUUUGCUCCAUCCGAGCGCAAUCGCGCUAGCCAUGGUCAAGAGCGUCAGGGUGGAGAAGGCGAAGAGCGACAAGUCGUCCUGCAAGAAGUGCCAGAAGAGAAUCGAGCGUGAUCAGCUCCGGGCUGGGGUGGAUGUUUGGAUGAGCGGGCGCACCAUGACAGGCUGGCUGCACAUGGGCUGCAUGGCAGAAUGCUUCAAAUUCGACCGCUGCAAGGGCGCCGGCAAGUGCAAGCUGUCAGGGGAGAGUAUGAGCAAGGGCGAGGCCAGGUUGGAGUGCGCCAGGGAGUACACCGGCAUCUUCUUCAAGCUGGGCCACUCGGGUUCGGCGCUCUCUGCCUUCUUGCAGGAGCACCCGAUGGACCCCAAGUCGAUCAAGGGCUACAGCAUUCUCACGGACGACGAAAAAAAGUCCCUGUGGAGUUCGCGCAAAGGCUCCCGGAGAUUUUCUGUCCCAUUGAACACAAAAAAGAGAUCGGCCCGUGCGAUUAGCGUCUGAGAUGCGAAGGCCAGCGGUAUGUAUAUAUGUAUAGGGCCUCGCGCCCUAGGUCAACAAGGCCCAUGCACCAGUCCAGAACCCAAGAGGGAUUUGGCCAGGGCUGGUGAGUGUGUACAGUUGCCGGUCCAGCAGUUUCCCGAUUUUCAGCUGUCCGCUAUUUUUCUGCCCGCCAAGAGCGUCGGUUGGCUUGUUUUUCCCACCUCCCUCCUCCUCCUCCUCCUCCUGGCAAUUUUCCUCUCCUCAUGCUCUUCGCCUUCUGUUCUGCCUCCUCAUGCUCUUCGCCUUCUGUUCUGCGCGCCCGGCGCGGCCGAACGAGCCGCUCGCGCGCUCGGGUGGCAGAUCGGUCGGCACGCGGCCGAGAGAGAGGCCGCCGCCCUCCUCCGUGUCCUCCUCCGUUCCCUCCUCCUCCUCCUCCUCCUCCUCC